UCAUUUUCUAUGCUCUAUACAACUGAUGCGUGACGUUUGCGCUCUGUGCUAGAUCUAACCUAAAAAUUACACAAUUAAAAACAUCCUUUAGUUUCUUGCAAAUAAUGAAAUUGUGCACAAAUAUUCUUCGCCCGCUUGUUCGGCCGUCGUAUACUAGUGUAAAGUAUUCUACUGUUCCAGCUGCCCAAGAUAAAGUUGUGGAAGCCACCAAGAAUCAAGACAUUUUAUCACAUCCAGACUACUUCAAUGUACAUAAUUUGUUCACUGUUAAAGAUUUAUUCGACGCCAGAGUGCAUUAUGGUCAUAAGGAAGGGUCACUUAAUCAAAGAAUGCUACCCUACAUCUAUGGAAGUCGGUUAGGACACACUAUAUUUGACCUCAACAUAACUGCAGAAUACCUUCGAUUGGCAUUAAAUGUAGCUGCCCAUAUUGCAUAUAGAGACGGUUUAAUUCUAUUUUUCCUUAGGGGAGCUCAAAAUGCUCAUCUAGUAGAGCAAACAGCAAAAGAGUGUGGCGAAUUUGCACACACAAGGUUUUGGAGAGGUGGCAUAUUCACUAAUGCCAACACACAGUUUGGAGCUGUUACUAGAUUACCAGACCUUUGUAUAUUUUUUAAUACAUUGAACAAUGUAUUGAUCCAACAUACUGCAGUCAGGGAUUCAGCAAAAAUGGGUAUUACAACAAUUGGCAUUGUUGAUUCUAAUUGCAAUCCAAAUCUCAUCACUUACCCAGUGCCUGGUAAUGAUGAUUCACCUGCAGCAAUAGCAUUGUACUGUAAGCUUUUCAAAAAUGCAAUUUUGAGAGGUAAAGAAAAACGAAAGGAACAUUUUAAUGAAAAAUAGUGUAUUUACUGGUAUAAAAUUGUAAGAUAUAUAAAACAUGAACUUUUGUAAAGUAUAAUUAACAAUAAUGUGUAAUAAAAUUAGCAACAACCUC